CAAAAAACAACAAGAAUGAGUGAAUCAAAUCUUGCCGGAAGCGAAAUUACAACACCCUUACUCCCGAGAGUCAAUCAUGAGAGACUACUAUUCUUAAGAAAUUACGUCUCUCUUUUCCCCGUCUUCAUAAAUGAAGCAAUAUUAAUCGGUAAAAUCUCUUACCCAUUGGUCCUUAUAAAUAUCGCCAGCUACAUUCGCUCAUUCAUCUCUAUGUCCAUCCUCGGGGGUCUUGGAGAUGACACUCUUGCUAGUGGUGCCUUUGCCAUUGCAUUUGUGAAUAUCACUGGAUAUUCACUUUUCUCUGGUCUAACAAUGGGUAUUGAACCUAUUUGCUCCCAAGCCUUUGGCGCUAGACGUUAUAACUAUGUCCAUGCAACUAUUAAACGAGGAAUCAUCCUCCUCCUCCUAAUUUCUUUUCCCAUUAUGCUUGUCUGGAUCUACAUGGAGAAAAUUCCUGGAAUGUUGCUACAAAACCAGGACCUCGUGUCUGAAGCUCACAUCUUUCUGCUUUGGUCUAUCCCAGAUCUCUUCAUUCAGUCUUUCUUACACCCACUAAAAGUUUAUCUCAAGACCAAAUCAGAGACUCUUCCUUUAUUAUACUGCACACUGACCGCAAAUCUUCUUUACUGGCCAAUCAUGUCAUUUUUUGUGACGUAUCUUGGUUAUGGGAUUAAAGGUUUUGCCAUGAGUGAAGUUGUGUCAAAUUUAAACCUACUCGCCUUUAUCUUCCUCUACAAUUGUUUUUCUGAAGAAAAUCCAAGUGAUGACGAGGCCGAGCAGAUUUAUGAGGAGACAUAUGAAGAUAAUGUGAGAGAAUGGAAAAAACUACUUUGUCUCGCACUACCAUAUUGUAUAUCGGUUUGUCUUGAGUGGUGGUUCUAUGAAAUUAUCACAUUUCUUUGUGGAGUCCUCUCAGACCCUAAAGCAAGCAUUGCUUCGAUGGGAAUUAUCAUCAAAAUAACUUCUCUUGUUUACAGUUUCCAUCAUUCCUUGAGUUUAGGAGUCUCGACCCGAGUUGGAAAUGAGCUUGGUUCCAACCAACCACAGAGAGUGAAAAGAGUAGUCGUUGUUGGACUCAGUCUCAGCAUUGCAAUGGGGUUCAUGGCUCUCACAUUUGUUGUCUCUUUUAGAGAAAAAUGGACUAGGCUUUUCACCAACAACGACAAUAUCAUUCAGUUGACUAUGAAGGCUCUGCUAAUCGUUGGCUUUUGCGAAUUAGGGAACUCUCUGCAAACAACGGGAUGCGGCGUUCUUAGAGGAUCUGCGAGACCGAUGACCGUAGUUAUCAUUAAUGGAGUGUCAUUUUACGCGGUUGGGAUACCUGUGGGAGUAAUUAUGGCGUUUUGGUUUGAAUUUGGAUUUGAGGGAUUUUGGAAAGGAAUGCUCGCCGCACAAAUCACCUGUAUGGUUGGUAUGAUGAUGGUAAUAUACAGGACUGAUUGGGAAUUGGAGGCGGAAAGGGCUAGGGAGCUCACAAUGGCAGUGGCUAGUGGCAACCACAACAACGAGGACGAAGUUGAGGCUCAGCUAGUUGACCAAGUGGUAGUAAACUAGUUGACCAUGUAUGAA